UUUUAUUUUUGCAUUUUGAGUCAGGGUUACUCAGUAGUCUAGGCUGGCCUGGCAGUCUUGACAUCUGUCAUGCUCUCAAACGGUCUCCAGUCUCUGGGCUCAGCCUCCUGAACAGCUGGGAUCCUCUUUCCUGCAGCUGACACCUCAGCUGUGGGCUUGCUGUGCUUUCUAGAAUGGCUAUGGCGGCCAUUCUUCUUUCUCUGCAUCCACGGGUGUUUCCUUUUGUUGAGUUGUUUCUUGCUGUUUACUAGCAGGGGCCGUCACCCCGCUGCAUCAGCCGCCACCACAGUGCCUGCCCCAGCCCACCAGGUCUCUGGGCUGUUGCCAGCUGUGGACUGUCAGUCUGUGGCGCGAGUGGGGGAGGGGAGGACCUCCUUGGUGGGUGUUGACUGUCCGCGGGGUGCUGGGAAGAACUUGUCUCCAUUGCGAUCCUCUAGGGGCAGACCCCCAAGACAGGGAUCCAAAGUAGUCACAGGGAAGGCGACUCAGUAAACAGAUGAGAAGAUUGGCCAAGGGGCGGGCCCCAGAGUCAAGGGGUGGUUUUAGCGAUGUGCUCUGGAGUGGUUGCCAUGGCAGCACGGAGGCAGGGGCAGGUAUCCACACCCCCCCAUCCUCUGCUAAGGGCAGCUCCAGGAUGGAGCCAAAGUCUGUUCCCUUCACCAGUCCAGGUGGCAGCUUUGUUCCCUCGGUAUUUAACUUUGGCAGUUCUAUGUAAAUUGUGGAUUUUAACCCCUGCCUGAAGUAUGACUGGAUUUCUCCCGUAACAGCUGUGGGCUGUUUCGGAACAGGCAGAUGAGAUGUAAGGGAGUACUCGCCUUCCACCAUGUGGGUCCCGGGAUCGAACUCAGGUUGUCAGGCUUGGCAACAGGUGCACUCUCCUGCUAAGCCAUCUCACGGGUCCCAAACGCUAAGUCUGGUCGGACCAAAGCCCUGGAUGGCAACAUUUCUUUUAAGUUACAAAUUCAUGCACGUACACGCGAAGUUCAGGUUCUCCAAGCUGUCACCGUAUUUGAUAACAAACGGCUUUGAGUAGAGGUGUGUCUCUGAUGGUAUCUGGGAAGCACAGAGUGAAUGUAUCUGACGGGCUGUGAAGUUCUGGUUCACCAAGCUGUUACUCUACUUGAUAACACAUGGCUUUGGGGAUCCCUGGUGGUAUCUGCGACCCACAGAAGGAAUUUAGCCCAUGGGGACCCCCUUUGGUCCGGUCCUACCUCCCUCUGUCUCUUUACAGGGGAUCGGGACCGGAUAGUCCUACGUGCGCACAGAUCCAUCCACAGAAAAUGGAAGGGUUCGUUUCAGACCUUUGGAAAGGAUGUGUGCAUCACGGGUCAGUCGGUGUCCUCCGGCCUCCGCACUGUUCCCCAGGAGUAUGCGUGUUGCCAAUGCUACACCAAGUUUGGGGGCCACCUGCCUGUGCCCCGGGCUGAUGCACUGCUGCCCUACUGGGUGCCUUUGUCCCUGAGACCACGAAAGCAGGUCUCGAAGAUGAUGCGGUGUUACAUCCCCAGAACCAUGAAGUCGUGCCGGUGCUCCUGCCACUGCUUUGGGGGCCGCCUUCCGAUGCCCAGGGAUAGGGCCGUCAUGCCCUACUGGGUGCCCCAGGGGCUGAGGUCACAGAAGAAGGUGUUGAAGAGGCUGGAGAAUGUGGAAGACACUCCAGGUGGCCCCCAGGACUCAAGCAGAUGGCAUGGCUGUUGGCGGGUCUGUGGGAACCAGCCUCUCCUCCUCAAGUGGCAGCAGCUCCAGGCCCUUUAUCAAGAUGAGCUGCCAGGUCUUCAGGAGGACGAGCCGCAUGCUGGCCGCUUAGGCCUCCUCCCCAUCAGCUUCAAUCUCCUGAGCCUGCUGCAGGUGGUCCUGAGGGCCAUCAUGGCCAUUCGUCAUUUGUUCUGGGACUGAAGUCUUCAGCUACUGUCAAGAUCCUCCGCAAGAAUGUCAGUCCCCAUCAUGGUCCUCAAGGCACGCCCUCAGCUUAGGAGGAUCUGCGACACUUGCUGCUUCCACACGAGAUAAGAUCUGCACCCAAGGUCCAAUCUGAGCUAGGGACUGUCACAUGACUGCUAGUUGAAGGGGGGCUGGUACGAAUGUCCGCAUGAGUCUGUUGUGAAUGCAGCCAAUAAAUGUUAUUUGUGAAACUCUAAACCCAGCCGCUUACAAAACGACUU